AACCUGAAGAAGCUGACAGGAGCUGUGAGCAGUUCCUCCUUCAGACAUGGACUCUCACAUCAAGACCGGGAAGGUUUUCCUGCAGUCACACAAACCUGGAAAAAAGUGGAAGCCCGUCCUGUUGUCUGUGUUUCCUGCCAGCAGCAGUGGAGUCGGCCGGCUGGAGAUUCAAUACUUUGGAGGAGGAGGUGCAGCAGGAGGUGAUCACGGCACCAGGAGGCCUCAUGGGGAGAAGAAAGUGAAGGUGGUCCGUCUGUCGGAGCUGCUGAGCGUUCUCAGACUGCCUCCUCACGCUGAGGCCUGCCCAGAGGAGAACAUGUCUGCGUUCUGUGUGGAGAUGCAGGAGCACACUCUUGGUGGGCGACUUUGGACAGUGAUCCAGAGAACCGAGGCAGCGGCUCGCUGCGGCCUGCAGGGGCGUACGUUGGAGGUAGGACCGGAGGUUCUAAAGCUUAGAGAACCACAGACGAAGAAAAUAGUGAGGGAAUGGCCAUACGAGUUGCUGCGACGCUACGGAAAAGAUAAGCUAACAUUUACCAUUGAAGCUGGACGACGAUGCGAAACUGGACCGGGACUUUUCACCUUUGAGACACCGCAGGCUGAGAUCUUCUCCUUGAUUCAGAGCUUCAUCAAACGCAAAACCUCAUCGCCCCUCCCCCAAGAGGGCGACGGCAUCAUCAUUGCUGUCCCGGUGGAGAAUAGGCUGGGGACUCCAGAUGGGAAUUCGCCUGUGAUGGAAGACACUCCAAAAGAUUCACUGACGUCUGCGCCGGCACCCAUCACCCUCAUGCCCCUCCCAUCAGUCCCCACACACGACAGCCCCUCUGCGGGUCGCCGGAAUACCCAUUUGGAUGUCAUAUACGCUGAUCCGGCGGACUGCAUCCAGUCGGUUAUAAAACGCCAGCCGCCCACGGCCCUGUACGUCGACCCAGCCAGCGUGCUUCCACUCAAAACGCCGGGGUCCAGCCGUCACCUCCCUCCCCACCGCCCAGCCUCCACCUUUCGGCCUACAGGGGAACCGAUGACUCGGAGUACUCGGAG